CCAUAUCUUAACAUUAGUGGCCCCUGCCCUGGUGAUGGAAUAUUGGUCCUUUGAAAUACUUUAAAGUUACACAAAAUCAAUUUCAUCUUGCCACGUUCUAGUAGACCCAUUGCUCCAUUCUCUUACUUUCCUAACAAACAUGUUAGCCACGCUUCCUUAUUUCCCGAAUGUUAGUAUCAUACACAUAAAAUCUGUCCAAUUCAGAAGCUCUGCCAGAAUUGAGUUUGAAAAAAAAUAGUAGAAGGAUAACAAUAUUAAUUAAGAGUAUCAAAGAUGAGGAUGUCCAAGAAGAAUUGGUUUGGCAAUAUCCGAAAGAAACUAUUCAGGUCAUCUCCUCCAAAUAAAAAUAUUAUUGUUCUACAUAACAACACAAUUACCAAUAGGACCAGCAGCGCCAAUGGACGGUCAUCUACAAAGAACAAUAAGGGCUACACCUAUUUUAUGUCUAAAGAGGAUAUGGCUGCUAUUACUAUCCAAUCUCAUUUUAGGGGUCAUCUUGCGAGACGGGCGUUUAAGGCACUGAAAAGCCUUGUGAGGCUUCAAGCAGUGGUACGAGGGGCAUGUGUGAGAAGACAAGCAAGGAUAGCUCUGCAUUGCAUGCACGCCCUUGCACGGUUGCAAGUUACUGUCCGAGCUAGGCAACUGCUCAGUAAGUGCAAUGACCGUGUAGUUAACCAUUGAAAAGUAAAUAGGGCAAUCAGAUCAUAGAAUGGAGGGAGCUACUGAGUGCCUGAACAUGACUUGUAGUGUUGUACCUUUAAUUCUUGUGAUCCUUAUUUAGAACUUGGAAUUGCAACUAACAAAUUUAAAAUUUGUGUAAAUCAUGCUUAUAUGUAUCUUAUAGGUGUGAGUUUGGUAAGCUUCUGAAGAAUACGUCGAUUAUCUGAAAGAUAUGAAUAUUCUAUAGUACAUAUACUAUGUACUCGUGUGGUUACGGACUUACGGUGUAAGAUGAUCUAAAUUUCGUCUA